GCUCACGGUAGAUGCUAGAAUCACGUGGGCUAACCUCCGUCCCUGCAACAGCCCCCAGCAGCAGCACACACGUCACAGGACGUCAUCAGGGCGUGGGCGGGGCAUUGAAUGGCAGGAAGUGACAUCGGCACCGGAGACAGGAAGACAUCAUCGCCUGAGAAGAGAGAGGGAGACAGAGGCAGAGAGAGAGAGCGGCUCCCAGCGCCCGACACACACCGGGGACCGCAGCCAGCAUGUCUGACCAGGAAACCAAACCAUCCAGCGAGGACUUGGGAGAUAAGAAGGAACCCGGUGACUACAUUAAACUAAAAGUAAUUGGCCAGGACAGCAGUGAAAUUCAUUUCAAGGUAAAGAUGACGACGCACCUGAAAAAGCUGAAAGAGUCAUACUGUCAGAGACAGGGUGUCCCGAUGAACUCGCUAAGGUUUCUGUUUGAAGGGCAGAGGAUCUCCGAUCACCAGACCCCUAAGGAGUUGGGCAUGGAGGAAGAUGAUGUCAUUGAGGUUUAUCAGGAACAGACUGGGGGCCACUCGUUGAUUUAAAUUUUAGCGCAAUUUCCUUUUUUGCCAUUUUGGAUUUAUUUUUAUUAUUUUUAUUUUGUAAUAAGACGUUUAUCACCCCCCCCCGUGCUGUUUCCUUUCGCGUUGUAAUCUGCCCGUUGUCUUCACUUCAACAUCACUUCCUGUCAGCAGUUGCACUAUGUACUAAGAGGAGUCUCCACCAGUUCCACCACAGCCAGGAUCCAGCUUGGGGCCUAGAUGGUAACGUUGUGACUGGAGGAGAGGACUUACUGGUGACUUUGGAAUUGCUUCCCUUUUAACAGAAAUGACCAUGAUUAACUUCAUUGUUCCAGUGCCUGCCUAGCAGAUGUACCAAUUGUGUUUUUAGACGUGGUCAUGCUACAGAAUAAUUCCCUAUGUUAAAAACAAAAACAAAAAAAAUGUUUGAUGUAUCUUAUUUUUGUGGGGGCAUGGGUUUUAAAUAAAAAAGAAAAAAAAUCGUA